CGCGCGACGCCCGCUGUCACUGCCGGGGAGCGUCGCCAAAAGCCCCGAUGUCCCGCCCCCUUCGUCUGAGCGGGCCUGAUAACAUCCGCGGAAGCCUUCGGACUCCGCGCGCUCCAGCGAUCCGGCCGUUAGACAACCGGGGGAGUUGGCAAGCAGCGCUCAGCCGGACCGUGGCGAGAGGAAUCGGGGGCGGGGUAGGGGGCGAGUUGGUGGGCGCGGAAGCGUGCAGGUCUGCGCGGGGCCGUGGCGGCCUCUCCCUGGGCCGGUACUUUGCACUCGCUCCCUAAGCCCGGCCCCGCCUCUGCUCCCCCUGCCGCGGGCAGCCUUGGGAGGCUGCCUGAGCGGGGCGAAAGCGCAGGCGCGACAGCGGCCAGGGGCGUGGUGUGGUCAGGCCGAGUGCGCGCGCGUGCGCAGGCCCACGUGCGCUCCCAACCCGCCUGGCGCUCCGGGGGUCUGGUUCCGACCCGUCUCGCUUCUCCGGGUCCGGCUCGAGCUAUGAGCGCCUGCCUGGCUGCGGGCUCGGCGCGGGCGCGCUACCUCGUGUACUUCCAGUACUUGGGCACGGACUUCAACGGCGUCGCGGCUGUCAGGGGCCCACAGCACGCCGUCGGGGUCCAGAACUACCUGGAGGAGGCCGCAGAGCGGCUAAACUCGGUCGUGCCGGUCAAGUUCACCAUCUCCAGCCGCACGGAUGCUGGUGUCCACGCCCUGAGCAACGCGGCGCACCUGGACAUUCAGCGCCGCUCAGGCCAGCCACCCUUCUCCCCUGAGGUCCUGACGGAAGCCCUCAACACCCACCUGAGACACCCAGCCAUCCGGGUACUGCAGGCCUUUCGUGUGCCCAGCCACUUCCAUGCUCGCUAUGCAGCCACAUCCAGGACCUAUCUCUACCGCCUGGCUACUGGCUGCCCCAGGCCUGACCAUCUGUCUGUGUUUGAACGAAACCGGUGCUGGCCGCUUCGGGCAGACUGCUUGGAUGUGGCUGCCAUGCAGGAGGCCGCCCAGCACCUCCUGGGGACACACGACUUCAGUGCCUUCCAGUCAACUGGCAGCCCGGCCACCAGCCCCGUGCGCACCCUGCGCCGAGCCUCGGUAUCUCCCGAGCCCUCCAGCCCCCUAGUUCUCCCCGGGGAGAGCAGGGGGCUGCGGUUCUGGAGCCUGGAGUUUGAGAGCCAGUCCUUCCUGUACAGACAGGUGCGGAGGAUGACCGCUGUGCUGGUAGCCGUGGGGCUGGGGGCCCUGACGCCUGCUCAGGUGAAGAUGAUUCUGGAGAGCCGGGACCCCCUCGGCAGGCACCAGUCCCGCGUGGCCCCAGCCCAUGGCUUGUUCCUGAAGUCAGUGCUUUAUGGGGACCUUGGUAAGAGGCGGUGGCCCAAGGAGGUCCCUGCUGGCAGUGACCAGCCCUUCCCCAGGCUGAGUCGUCAGUGGGGGAGGGGCUCUCGGUGGCAGUGCUGUCCCAGCUGCUGGGCAUCCAGACUGCCAGACAGGGAAGCCAGAGCCCCAGGCGCAGGGAGGCUGAAAGACCUCGAGCUGGAGACCAGCAGCCCAAAGGCAGGUGGCCUGGAGGAGGUGCCACGGCCCCGCUCCUGACCUGGACCCGUGGGGGAGGGGGGCUCGAACCCCGGGGCAGAGGCAGGGGCCCUGCAGUGAUGAUGACCUGGGGCCUGUCCACAGGUCCUGCCUCCACACAGCCUCCUGUGCCCUCAGAGUCACAGCACAGAAGUCACAGAUGAUCCCAAUGCCCAGCUGAGGGCAGGGAAGCCACCGCCCACCUCCAUACCACCGUGCCCAGCAGGGACAGCCCCGCGUUGUCUGGGGACCACAGCUGCCCCCUGCCUCCUUGUCCCUGCCGCGUGUCCACAGGUGGGCUGCCACCAGGGCGAGGUGCAAGAGACAGGCGCACACACCAGGAAGGAAGCCACCUAGACGGCCUGUGGCAGUUUUACUGGAGAUCCUUAUCCUGGCACCUUGCCCAUGUCCUGGGGUUAGUCCAGAAGUAAAAAUAAAAGGAGAAGAGCCCCGA